AUGUCAGGUCGAGCCUCUCUCUCGCCUAGCGCCGCUGAUAACGAACCAGCUAGUCGUCCACUUGAUGGCCAUGCCAAUAUCGAUGAGAUAGCAGAAGCAGAACCUCCUCCGGAAAGUCCUCAAUCACCAGCGCCAGCACCCGUACUCACAAAGAAAAAACGGAAGCAAAGGCAAAGCCAAAGGAAAAAGGGACAACAGCCAACCCGGCGGAGUGCACGAGUCAAACAACAGCAAGUACAAGCGAGAAUACAGUCCACUCGGCAGGCGUUGGCUAGUGGAGAUAGACGAUAG